AUGGCUGGGUUUUAUGGUUGCCUGAAGACUCCAGAGUGGUGGACGCAGAAAGCACUGCAACUGGACUGCACGGAGUGCAGAGUGGCAGAACGCCGGCCGCCGGUGCGGGCACCGCUUCCCACCCCAUCGGGGCGCCCGCCGAGAAGAGGAGCAACUGUGAGCCAGCCGAGGGCGCGCGGCGGGGAACUCGCCGUCUCCGGUGCUCGAACUCGAGGCGACGCGCUUGCCGCGUGCGGGCGGCCCGCUCCUACGAGGGCUCGCGCAGGAAAGGAGAAAUCCAAAUUUAAAGGCUUCAAGAGAUUUUUUGGGAAGAAGAAGAAAAAAGAGCCUGAAGAUGCCCAGGGAAAGAGGAACCUCAAACCAAACUUGUCCAGUGAUAGUACUAACAUCUCUUCCGUGAAGCCAGUUUGGGAAGGUCGACAAACCAAGCCUAGGGCCAAGAGCAGCAUGGGGAACAAAGUCCUGUCCCACGACAGCAUCUUCAUGUUGAAGUCUGAGUCUGAAAGAUCAGGAAGCAGAAUAUGCCCCUCUCCAGAGGUCCAGAGAGGCAGACAGCUUCAGAUCCCACCACGGGGCCCACGCCAACCCAGCAUCAGCUCACCUCUUAUUCAAUCUGACACAGUCUCUAAGGAGUUUGAAGAAAUCUCUGUUGCUGAUGAGUCACUGAAGAGCCCACGGAAGAAGGGUUUAUCACACACGAUCUUGACAUUGAAGAAGAGUUCCCUGCAGCAUAUCACUCAGAGAUCAGAAACCUCAAAUCUAGGUGAACCACUUCUAAUAGAACCAAAGCAGGCGAAGCCACGCCUUCCACUGGCUUCUGAAGAAGAGAAAAGCACAACCGAAGGGAAAGAAGCUGACCAAAAGAGGCCGAAAAAAGACAGUAUAGGUGCCUCAGGCUGGGAACAGAGAAACAAAACUGGGAUUUAUGAACAGAAGACAAGAGAUCCGGCUGCAAACAGAGAUGCCGCUGAGAGCCAGGGCUACCCAUUUCUAGCGGCAUACAGAAGACAGUGUGGAAGGAGAGGCUCAAGUACUUUGGAAAGAAGUGAGCAUGAAUCCAAAGGAAGAAGCUUUAAAGCAUCCAGUCUAGCACUUGACCUAGGUAAUGGAGCUUGGUUCCCACCUGCCGGUAAGACUGCCAGGGAUUUCCGUUCCUGGAACCUGCCCUUGCUGAAGCAAGUCAUGGAGCAGCCCCCGACGGCACAAACAGAAAGCGCUACUCCUCAGGAGCUGCUUUCAGAUAAAGAUGACAUGAGAAGGAGCAAUGCCGGUAUAGAUUUUGAACGCAGAAAAGCACCAGCAUCACAGCCCAUACCUGGAGACAUGGAAGAGUCCAUGGUUAGUGGUCUGUCACCAUCCCGUGAAGAUGGGGCUUCUGGAGCCGAGAAGACAGAAGCCAGAGCCGCUCUUUUACCCGUGGUGGGAAGCCCUUCUACAACCCGAGAUAUUUUCUCAGUGUUUACGGAUCCUUCUGAUAGCCAGUCAGAAGAGGAAGAAGCGUCCAUCUUUGAUUUGAAAAGUGUCCAAUUUAAAAUGAAGUCAGCUCAAGAUACCUACAAAGAAAAGUCUCCUGGAAACGUUCUCCAGGCCUUUACCGCAAGCACUUCAGAUAGCUUGCUGAGAGCUUCGGUAGAGGGAGGUAUUUCUGCAGAGAGGCUGCCUCCCAGAAGCCUUUCCCUGUCCUCGGGGGAGCUGAAAGCUGAAGCCAUUGCCUCAGAGGGUACUUUAGAGGCUGACAGUGGUUCUGAGCAGCAGCUGGCUCUUGGAUAUCUUUUCCAGCCCUCCAAGAAGCACAGAAAUGAACAAGAAGACUUCCCAGAAUCAGAAAGUUCAGCUGCGGGAGUGAGCGGUCCUGAGCAGAAGCAGGUUCCUAGGCGGUGGGCUCCUAGAUAUUCUUCCCGUGCCUCGGGGAAGCCAGAAGUGGAAGCCGUCUUUUCGUGUUACGAGAGUGCUUCCAAAGAGGGGAGUGGCUUUGGGCAGCAGCGGGCUCCCAGGCACUCUCUCCAGCCUUUGAGGAAGUCCAAAGAUGGCCAAGAAGUCUUUGCAGAAUCCGGUUUUGCUGUGCAAAUGACCGGUUCUGAUGAGCAGCUGGCUCCCAGAUGCGCUUCCCAGACUUUGGGGAGGCCCAAAGACCAAAAAGAAGUCUCCUGGGCUUCAAAGAACGUACCUGGAGUGUGGGGUGCUUCUGUGCAGCAGAUGCCUCCCAGGCGCCCUUUCCAGUCCUGGGUGGGCCCUACAUCCGAGCAACAAGCCUCUGCAGGUCCAGAGAGCGCUGCUGUGGAGUGGGGCUUUUCCACGGAGGCGCGGCCUCCCAGAGUGACUUCUCAGGCCCAGAGGAGACCAGUAGUGAAACAACCAAUCUCUGCAGGUCCAGAGAGUGUCGACACUGAAGGGGAUGCUUCUACCAAGCUGCUGCCUUCCAAACAUUCCCAGGCCACUGUGAGACCUAAACUCCAGCAAAUGUCAAGUUAUGAGGGUGCUGCUGUUGAGGUGGGCAUUUCUGGGGGGUCACUGCCUCCCAAAUAUCCUGCCCAGCGGGUUAACAAGUUUAAAGUUGAGGAAAUGUCCUCACGUCUAGAGAGCAUGGCAGUUGAAGAAGGCAUAUCUAAGGAAUCGGUGCUUCCCAAUCAUCUUUUCCAGUUGUUCAUGAAGUUUAUGGUACAGCAUAUCUUUUCAGAGAUCCCUUCUACUGAGGAGGGAAUCCAUGUGGAUCCUCUGUUUUCAAAUCAACCUUCCAAACCCUUGUCGAGGCCUGAAGUCGAGCACCAAGUUUUCUCAGGCUACGAGGGGACCGAUGUUGAGGGAGGCAUUUUUUUGAAGCAGCUGCCUGCGAAAAGCCCUUUACCGUGCUUGGGGAGGCCCGAAGGCCUGCAGGAAGUCUUCUCACGUUCAGAGAGCACUCCUGUAAAGUGCAGUAGUUCUAAAGAGCAGCCGCCUUGCAGACACCCUGGCCAAGCCGAAGAUGAGGCUGAAUUUCAGCCACAGACUUUCGCAACAGGCCCAGUGAGUGCAACUGUGGAGUGGAGAGGCUCGGAGGAGCACCCGCCUCCCAGACACCCUUUUCAGGCUCCUGCAGCCCCUGAACACCAGCAACAGGUUUAUUCAAGUCCCAUGAGAGUUGCUGCUGAGGGAAGCAUGUUGGAGAGCGAUCCUAGCUGCUGGUCCCUACCGAGAGACCCAGCUUCUGCAAACAAAACCAAGAAACACAGCCAAGACUCUGAAGACCUCACUAAGAACGUCCCGAUUCCUGCUACCAAAACUGUGACGUUCACCGAUGCUCCUGUCUGGCAAACAUCCACUUCUUGGGGCACCUACUCUAAGGAGGAAGUUCUUGAGAGUGGUGAUCAAGGUAACAGACAUUCAAAUUUAUCCACCAAUCGGGCUGUUGUUGAAAACAUUUUUGGAGUCCAACUGAGAAAAACCUCUUCCUCAUAGAAGUAUAAGGGUGAGAAAAGAGAUUUUACCAAGCUUCCUUCUGUUUCCCAAAGGGGUAGAGCUCCUGGUCGACAGUCAGAUCAUGCCACCUCAGAGCCAGCUUGGAUAACCAUGAUAAACCAGAGGCAGGAGAGUCUCCAGGCCAACAUUCCUGUGAAAGAGCCAGAAACCAAGAAUAGAGCUGGAGCCGAGGCUGAGACUAAGGAACCUAGAUAUGGGAGAACUGGCCUUGCAGAUGAAAACCAACCGAGGAGUGUUUUCACUUCUGAUGUUAACAGACAGGAGAAGAUGGCACUGAAGCCACCGAAGUCUACCAGAGCAGUAGGAUUCGAAGAUGAGAAGAUAUUUCAAGUACCUUCUACGGAAGAAGAAACCAGAAGGUUUUCAACUCUCCCAGCCGUGCUACAACAGCCGGCUGAGCCGGAUGAGCCAGCUGAGCCGGAUGAGCCAGUCUGGUUCUCCCUGGCCAAGAAGAAAGCCAAAGCAUGGAGCCGUGUAGAAGAAGCCAUGCAAUAACUAGCUCCUGGGUGGAGUAUCAGCAUUUUAAAUGAUAAUUGCCAAUAGCUGUAUUAAUGUCACGUAGUGAAUUAUUUACUGUAAUCAUUUUUAUUACGCAUAAGAGCCUUAAAAGGGGAAUUAAAGCUAAUAAUUAUUUGAAUGAAACAGAUGCCAUGAAUGCCUAACCUUCAGUACAGUCACUGCCAGCAUCUGAAAACCCAGCUUUUCCUCUAUAAAAACUAUGUAAAAUGUAAAACAGAAAGAUAGAUCAAUGGAACAGGAUAGAAAGCCCAGAGAUAAACCCACGUACAUACCGUCACCUUAUCCUUGAUGAAGGAGCCAAGAAUGUAGUGGAGAAAGGACAGCCUCUUCAAUAAGUGGUGCUGGGAAAACUGGACAGGUACAUGUCAAAGUAUGAGAUUAGAUCACU